AUGGCAUUUGACCAGAAGUCAGAAUCCAAAGAUUUGCGCCCUCUGAAUAUUCCCAGAGCAGUGCCUGAAGACCCACGCGUUGCACCUGUGACAUCGUCUGUCAGGCCCAUUGAAGGGUUUUACCUGAACCCUCCUCGUGAUGCCGGGGGCAACCUCGAUUCUUUGCCUCCAGUAUACUAUCCAGCCACGAUUUCUGAUGCUGGAUUUAUACCACUGGGAUAUAGCAAUGCGGUCCCUGGGGCUGCCGGGUGGGUCGUGCGUGGAGUGCCGCCCCAAUGCCAAUCGGGCGUGCUUGGUGCUUCUGUGCUUCAUUCGGUGUGCGGGUCUAGUAACAGUCCAAAAUUUGGAGCGCAGGUAGCGGGCAGUGCUUCUGAUCAUACUAGUGACGCGGGUGGUGAUGGCUUUGUGUUUGGGCGGAAGGUUAAGUUUUUGAGUAGCUUUGGGGGCAAAAUACUGCCUAGGCCGAGUGAUGGGGCAUUUAGAUACGUCGGUGGGCAGACUAGGAUAAUUAGCGUUAGGAGGGAUGUUAGUUUUGGUGAAUUGGCUCAAAAGAUGGCAGAUACAUAUGGGCAGAAUGUGGUGAUGAAGUACCAAUUGCCCGAGGAGGAUCUUGAUGCACUUGUGACGGUUUCAUGCCCUGAAGAUCUUGAGAAUAUGAUGGAUGAGUAUGAGAAGUUGGUUGAGAGGUCUUCAGAUGGGUCGGCUAAGUUGAGGGUAUUUUUGUUUUCACCUUCAGAACUUGAGUCUGCCAAUUUGUUACAUUUUGGAGAUUUCCAGGAUAGUGGGCAGAGGUAUGUUGAAACAGUGAAUGGAAUUUUGGAUGGAUUUGGUAGUAGCGAUGGUGGUAGUGGUAGUCAUCGUAUUGCUAGGAAGAAGAGCUUUGAGAGUGCUGUUUCCACUCAGAAUUCUGAUUUGAGUGGUACUGAGGGUGCUGAUAACUCCGGCCAUGGUCAUGGUGAGGUUACUGGUUCUCCAUCUACUGGUGGAUUAUCACCGAGGGGAAAUCCCGUUGUUUCUCUUGAAACAGCUCCAAGAAAUGUGUGUGCUGAUCCUAUUGUUGCAGUAUAUACGGAUCCUUCUACUCAACUGGGUAUUCCCAUGGCUAAAUCUGGUCCAGCUACAACUGUGGCUGCUGUCUCUGAACAAGAGUUACAGAGAUAUUUGCCUCUUAAUGUCCCACAGCCACAGAUGGGAUAUGAUUUCCAGCAACCUGGAGUGACUUUCCCAGCAUCUUCAUCUCAUGUUCAGGCUUAUGUGGAUCCUCACUAUGAAACCUUGAAUCAUGCUGAUUAUGUGCAACCCCCUUCUCAGAUGGGAUUCCCUGCAAACAUUUAUGGUGCAGUUGGGCCUGUGUUCUCCCAACAGCAGUUGCCAGCUGGAGCUUCUCCUCAGCAGUUUAUUCCUGCAGUAAAUAUGACAAUGAAUCCUUCAUUUAUCAGUAUGAAACCUAAUGCAGUUUCAUCUAUUAUUCAGCCUCAGCAAGUUCGUUUGGGGCAUCAUCCUGCAGAAAGCACACUGCCACAAAGGGUUGUCCAGGUUCCUGCGGACCAAGGAUAUGGUGUGCAGUAUGCUCAGGUCCCUACAACAGUGCCAGGAGGAGUGUAUGGUUGGCAUCAAGUCCCACAUCUUCAGCCCGUCUUUUCAGAAGGAGGGUUGCCCUCUCAACCAGUUGUGGUUUCUGAGAAAAUUCCUAAACUCGAUGACUGUUACAUGUGUCAAAAAGCAUUACCACAUGCUCAUUCAGAUUCAAUAGCUAAGGACCAAAAUGGAAGUCCUGCAAGCAUGUUGUCUGACUCGAGAACAAUUUAUCAGAGUCUCCGGUUGGAUGAUAAUGGGCAGCUGAUGAUCCGGCCUGUAUUAUCUGGUUCUCAAACAGAAAGUGUUUCUGAACAACUGGUAGCUGGAGCUCUACCAAGAAUUAUGGGUUAUGUGGAUCAUGAAGCUGGAAAAGUCCAAGUAGAUAGAAUUGGGGUCUCCCAGAAUCCUGAGGGACCUUACGCUAAUGAUAAAACUAUUCUUCAGAAGGCACAGAAUCCUGAACAUUUCGAGGUGUCAACUCCCCAGGGUUUAAUGAUGACAAGCAGUGCACAAUCUUCACAUGGUGUAUUUGUGGCCAAUAUCCCUCAGACGUAUCAAGAUUCUGUCCAGCAGCUUGUUUCAUCUCAAUACCAGGUUGUAGAGGGUUCCACAAUGAGCAGACCAGUUAAUAAUGAUAUAGCUUCUGUUGGAGGCAUGCUUUUACAGACUUCUGAUUACGUUUCUCGCGAACCCUCGAAAGUCUACUUUGGUAAAGUUGCUGGAACCAUUCCUAAAGAAGAUUCAACUUCCAUGGCCUUUGACCAGCUGAGACAAAUAGAUAAGAGGUUGGAAAAUCUUCAGAUGUGCCCUUCUGAAGUUCUAGCUAAUAAUGAGCCGGUCAAGCCAGUUGCUGAACCCAAAAAGGAAGAUAUAUUGGAGAACAGAUUACAACAGGUUACUGGGAGGGAGGGUCCCAAAAUGCAUAAUUUUCUUCCAGCAGAAUCCUAUGAAUUGACUGAACCUCCUCUUUUAGGUAAUCCCAAUUCUUACCUUCACUCAAAGCUUGGGGUUAGUAAUUUGGCUGCUGAUGAAAUUUCUGCUGGCAACCCUGGUGUGGAAUCUGCUCAUCCAGCUGAAAUAAUUCCACCUACUAAUAAAUGGAAGGAUGACACUCUAUGGCCUCAACUAAGGAUUCCUGCUGACUUAGAAUCUGUUGACCUGGAGGGAAAGGGACAAUCUGUAGAUCCAUCCUAUGGGGUUGCAGAUAUGCCAGAUAACUCAAACUCACUAUUUAGCAACCAGGAUCCUUGGAUUUUACGUCAUGAUUCUCAUUUUCCUCCUAGACCUAGCAAAAUUCAAAUAAGAAGAGAAGCUGGAGGGACUAGGGAUGCUCCUGGUGACAGUCAUCCUGUUAAUGGUGAGUUACAAACAGGCAAUUGCAAGGAGUUGGACAUAAAGGUACCAUUGGAAGAUGGAGCUUUCCUGUCAUCUGGAAAUUUGAAUGGAGGUUUAAGAUCCGAGCAUGUUAUGUCUGAUAAAGGGUCAGCAGAGGACCUCAUUAAGCAAGAACUUCAAGCUAUUGCCGAGGGAGUUGCCGCUUCUGUUCUUCAUCAUUUGUCUAUGCCUUCUAAUUCUGAACUAUCAGAUGCCAGGAGCGAGUUUCUAUCUACAACUCUACGAAGUGGUGAAGAUCAAAAUACUAAUACAGAAAUGGAGCUUAGAGAGAAAUAUGAGGAUAUCAAGACUGAAUUCGCAGAGAAGAUAAAUUUUGGAUUUCCUGCAGAUAGUAUUGGCCGAUUACAGAUAAUUAAAAAUAGUGACUUGGAAGAGCUACGUGAACUUGGUUCUGGUACCUUUGGCACUGUUUAUCACGGUAAGUGGAGAGGCACCGAUGUUGCAAUCAAACGGAUAAAUGAUAGAUGUUUUGCAGGGAAACCAUCGGAACAAGACCGCAUGAGAGAUGAUUUCUGGAAUGAGGCAAUCAAGCUUGCUGACUUGCAUCAUCCCAAUGUGGUUGCUUUUUAUGGUGUUGUGCUUGAUGGCCCCAGUGGUUCAAUUGCAACUGUUACUGAAUACAUGGUUAACGGCUCUUUGAGAAAUGCUUUGCAGAAGAGCGAGAGGAAUCUUGAUAAGCGAAGAAGGCUUAUGAUCACCAUGGACGUAGCUUUUGGAAUGGAGUACUUGCAUGGAAAGAAUAUAGUGCAUUUUGACUUGAAAAGUGAUAAUUUAUUGGUUAAUCUACGUGAUCCACAUCGACCUAUAUGCAAGGUUGGUGAUUUGGGGCUGUCAAAGGUAAAAUGUCAGACACUAAUUUCAGGUGGCGUGAGGGGAACUCUUCCAUGGAUGGCACCGGAGCUUCUUAAUGGCAGUAGCAGCCUUGUGUCUGAGAAGGUUGAUGUAUUCUCGUUUGGAAUUGUAAUGUGGGAACUUCUUACUGGAGAAGAGCCGUAUGCGGACUUGCACUAUGGAGCCAUUAUUGGUGGUAUUGUGAGCAACACAUUGCGACCUCCUGUGCUGGAUUCUUGUGAUCCGGACUGGAGAGCUCUGAUGGAGAGGUGUUGGUCUGCAGAACCAUCGGAAAGGCCAAGCUUCACUGAGAUUGCAAAUGAACUACGAAGCAUGGCAGCUAAGCUCCCUCCAAAAGGACAAGUCCAGCAGGCACUUUCAUCAACAAAUCCUCAAGUCAAAAGCUAA